AUGGCUUUAGGAUCGUCUGAAUUGAAAGUUAUCGAGGCCAAUGGUGUCUUCACCAAUAACUUCUACAAGGCUAUGGUUAAGAAAAAGGGGAACGUCUUCUUCUCUCCAUUCAGUGCCCAUGCCGUCCUUUCCAUGGCGUAUCAAGGUGCCGAUGGUGUCACUAAAUAUGCAUUUGCUUCCACCUUAAGAGUGCCAAACGAGAAAAUCGCUGCUGAAGGAUACUCCCGCAUUAUGAACAGGUUGAAUAACAUACAAAACGUCACAUUAAACAUCGCCAACAAGGUGUUCCUCAUGGAGAAAUUCGCACUGCAAUACGAGUUUUUGAAAUCUGUUAAAGAUAAUUUCCAAUCCGAAGUGCAACAGUUAAACUUUGAGGAAAAAAGAGAAUCAGCUGAAGUCAUCAACGGAUGGGUUGAACUCAAAACCAAUAAAAAAAUCAAGGAUUUAAUUAAACCUGACGACUUCUGUUGUGACACUCGUUUGGUCCUCGUGAACGCCAUUUACUUCAAAGGAGACUGGCUUAACAAAUUCGACGCCGAGAAAACCGAAGAGCAGCCUUUCUUCCUCAACGAAGUCGACGAGGUUGAUGUUGACAUGAUGUUUAGAAAGGGCGACUACAGAUACAAAUUCGAUCGUGAUUUGGACGCACAAGUCUUGGAGUUGCCCUACGCUAACAAAGCUUUGAGCAUGAUCGUCGUGUUGCCCAACAAGAAGGAUGGUAUCAAAGAAUUGGAAGGAAAAUUGGUCAACACUCCUCUUGAUAAAGUCAUUGAAGGAAUGUACCGCACUUAUAUUGAAGUCUAUCUUCCCAAAUUUAAAAUUGAAACCACCAUUGAUCUGAAGCAAAUUUUGAUCAAUAUGGGUUUGGAAAACAUCUUCAGAAGUGAAGCUGACUUCAGUAAAAUGAUUACUGGAAAUGGAAAACUGAGCAUCAGCAAAGUAAUUCAGAAGGCUUUCAUUGAAGUUAACGAAGAAGGUUCAGAAGCCGCCGCAGCCACUGGAGUACCAGUUUGCUUUUAUGGGUGCGCUCUUCCCGUCCCGGAUCCUAUCUUCAAGGCAGAUCAUCCGUUUUUUUACUAUAUUAUACACAAGAGGAAUCAAGAAAAUGUUUUGCCAAUAUUUAGUGGAAUUUUAAGAAAUUUGUAAUUUCUCAAUAUAAGU